CAAGAAGAUUCUAAUCCCACUCAAGCCCAAGUGUAACGCAAAACCAAACAAACCCCAAAACUCUUGGGUUGAACCCAUUUGUAAAACCUAAUUCCCAAAAUUCCAUUUCAGCAGCCCAUUUUUCCCCAAAAAAACCCUCAAUUCUUUUCAAACUGCGAAAUCCGUCACCUUCUAAACCCCCAUUAAUUCCUUCGCCGGCGAUUUUGCCGGAAAACCCAACACUAUCUUUCUGAUUAGGUGACCCAUGGCGGAAGAGAGACGCAUGGUAACAGUGGGAGGGAAAGGCUCAUCACUGUCAUCUUCCUCUGUAUUUGAUAUUGCCAAUGGACUCAGUCGUCUGAGCAUAGACUCUUCAGCACUCUCCAAAGUAUCGUCUUCCUCUAAUUCUAAAACCAGCAAGACUAAUGCGCCUACGGUGUCUGCAUCAUUUUCAAUCCUCAGUAAUUUAACACCCGAUGAGGCUAGAGCUUCUCUCGUGGUCCUCCUAAACAAGCUUUUGCUUUCUUCUUCCACUUCUGCAGCUGUUAAUCAGCUCUCUGAUAUCAUCCUUAAGGAUGUGUCGUCGUCCUCUAAUUUACAAAUUUCAUUUGAUAACACUAUUGAUGGCGUUUCUCCAGGUGAUUUUUCUGUGGCAGCAAUAGCUGGAAUCUCCGCUAUCUUGGAUCAUCAAAGUUCAGCUUUGUCUGUUAUUACUGAUGCUAUUGCUGCCUUGUCCUGCGAGGCCUUGGGGGCUGACAUUUCAGCUUUCAAUUUGAAUGAUUCCGGUGAUGGUUCAUCUGCCAAGGACGUUGUUUCUGUGGCUUCUGACUUGAAGAUCUUGCUUAACGGUUCUAAAUUUGUUAACCGUGAGGGUGAUGAACCUGCAGUUUCUGGUGUUCCCGUGGUGCACGGCAAGUUUAGGGAGAUUUCCCGGCUUCUGCACUCCAGCACCCGUGUCCAAUUGAACUCUGCAAUUGUAUCCAAUUCUGGAUCUUCUGGUACAGCCAGCUCCAUGUGCACCACGUUGUUUUCUUUGGCUGUGGCCCUCAAGGAUUUGGGUAACAUCAGUUAUAACCGAGCAAAGCACAUUGUCGAUUCUCGCAUUGCUGGAGAUGAUGAAUUUCCUGCAAUGCUGAUAAAAGAAUGUCCUCGCCCUGAUCAGCUAAAAGCUCUUUUCGCAUCUUUGGUGUCAGCUCACUCGGAUGAGGAAUAUGUUAAGUUCUCACAUGAUGUCAGCUCUUUACUGGUGAUGGUAGAACAAAUAAUUUCUUGGGAAGCCCUGGCUGCUUUCCUUUCCUUGGAAGGAAGGGACUUCAUUACUUCAGGUGAUACGAGUGUAGGCGAGGACAGUGCAAAGACAGCAGGUAAAAAAGGAGCAAAGAAGAAGAAGAUUCUGGGUAAAGGUACCACCGCUCUGGUGCAGUUUUUGAAGGAUAGGCUGCUGAGCAUGCCAAUUCAGACUGAAGCGUCCCAGACUGUCAUGGUUUUGGAGAAUUUGGUUCGCAAUUUCUUGUCACUACUGGACCCAAAAGACUUGGGAUUUGACACUUUACUGAAAAAGGUGAAAGAUAUCGUGGAAAGCAAUGAAAGCCGCCGGUUGCCUAAACUGCCAAAGGGAACACGUGAUUUUGCAAAGGAACAGAUGGCUAUAAGAGAGAGAGCUUUCUCAAUUAUCACUGAAGUUUUUAAAAGGCACGGUGCUGCGGCUUUGGACACUCCUGCUUUUGAAAUGCGAGAGACUCUGAUGGGCAAAUAUGGAGAAGACUCAAAAUUGAUAUAUGACCUUGCGGAUCAGGGAGGAGAACUUUGUUCUCUUCGUUAUGACCUGACAGUCCCGUUUGCUAGAUACGUAGCAAUGAAUGGUCUGACAUCCUUCAAGCGUUAUCAGAUAGCUAAGGUGUACAGAAGAGAUAAUCCAUCUAAGGGUAGAUAUCGUGAAUUUUACCAGUGUGAUUUUGAUAUAGCUGGUCAGUUUGAGAAGAUGAUGCCUGAUUUUGAGGUCAUAAAGAUUUUGACCGAGUUGUUAGAUGAGCUUGAUAUUGGAGAGUAUGAGGUAAAGCUUAAUCACAGGAAGCUGCUUGAUGGUAUGUUGGCUAUAUGUGGGGUGCCACAAGAGAAGUUCAGAACCAUUUGUUCAAGCAUUGACAAGCUAGAUAAACAAUCCUUUGAGCAGAUAAAAAAAGAAAUGGUGGAUGAGAAAGGCUUAAGUAAUGAGAUAUCAGACAGAAUUGGUACAUUUGUCAAAUGGAGGGGACCUCCUGUGGAAUUAUUAUCUAAGCUCAAGCAGGAACGCAGUUUUUUGGAGAACAAUGAAUCUUCACUUGCUUUGGAUGAAUUAGAGAUUAUGUUUAAAGCUCUGGAGAAGUCCAAGUGUAUUGACAGAGUGGUUUUUGACUUGAGCCUUGCAAGAGGCCUUGAUUACUACACAGGAGUCAUAUUUGAAGCUGUCUUCAAAGGAGCUGCUCAGGUUGGUUCGAUUGCUGCUGGUGGACGUUAUGACAAUCUGAUAGGGAUGUUUGGCACACGGCAGGUUCCUUCUGUUGGGAUCAGUCUGGGAAUAGAGAGAGUAUUUGCAAUCAUGGAACAGCUUCAGAAAGACAAAAAUCAGGAAAUCCGAGCCACUGAAACUCAAGUUCUCGUUAGCAUUCUUGGUGAUGACAGUGCUUUAGCUGCUGAACUGGUUGGUGAAUUGUGGCAUGCUAAAGUGAAAGCAGAAUUUAUGAUCCAUAAAAAAGUGAUGAAGCACAUUGAUCGGGCCAGAGAUUCAAGGAUCCCUUGGAUGGUACUUGUUGGUGAACGCGAACUUAGUGAAGGAGUUGUAAAAUUGAAGGAUGUUGUUGCAGCUAUUGACUAUGAGGUCCCCAGAGGUAAGCUUGUGGACGAUCUAUGCAAACGAUUAGGCAUGUAAUAUCUUAAGCUCUUUGUAUUGGUAGAUUGAAUCAUUUUUAACAAGAUUCCAUUUUUGGGGGUUUAAAAUCCACCAUGUUGGUGGGGGGUUAGACAUUGACCCUUGUCCAUUAAUCCACAAAAUGAACUACAUAUUUCAGUAACCUUACUAUACUUUUGU